AUGGAGGCUCCCCCCAACAGCAGCGCGACCCCCCUCAACGGCUCCCUGGGGGCGCCGCUCUCGCCCCCCCCCGCCUACUCCCCGGGCGCCGUGGCCGGCCUGGCCGCCGUGGUGGGCUUCCUCAUCGUCUUCACCAUCGUGGGCAACGUGCUGGUGGUGAUCGCGGUGCUGACCAGCCGCGCCCUGCGCGCCCCGCAGAACCUCUUCCUGGUCUCGCUGGCCAGCGCCGACAUCCUGGUGGCCGCCCUGGUGAUGCCCUUCUCGCUGGCCAACGAGCUGAUGGGCGCCUGGCACUUCGGCAAGGCCUGGUGCAACAUCUACCUGGCGCUGGACGUCCUCUUCUGCACCUCCUCCAUCGUGCACCUGUGCGCCAUCAGCCUGGACAGGUACUGGUCGGUCACGCAGGCGGUGGAGUACAACCAGAAGCGGACCCCGCGGCGCAUCAAGGGCAUCAUCCUGCUGGUCUGGCUCCUCUCGGCGCUCAUCUCCUCGCCGCCGCUGGUCUCCAAGUACUGGCAGCCCCCCGGCCAGGCGCCCGCCACGUGCCAGCUCAACGACGAGACCUGGUACAUCCUCUCCUCCUGCGUCGGCUCCUUCUUCGCGCCCUGCCUCAUCAUGGUGCUGGUCUACGUGCGCAUCUACCGCGUGGCCAAGCUCAGGACCAGGACGCUCUCCGAGAAGCGGCCCGGGCCCGACGGCGCGCCCCAGGCCGAGAACGGCGCGCCCCGCUCCGUCGGCGGCCGGGGCUUCAUGUCGCUGCGCUCUCCGCCCCGGGAGAAGGGCCCGUGGCCCGGCGCGCGCUGGGAGGAGGCGGCGGAGCUGCAGGACGUGGAGCUGGACGAGAGCAGCACCCUGGAGAGCCGGAGGCGGCGGAGCCGGGACGGGGCGCGGGCCAAGCGGCCCCUGGCGUCGGCGUCGUGCAAGGCGGCGUCGAGCGGGCGCCUGUCGCGCUCCAGCAGCCGCUCGCUGGAGUUCUUCUCGUCGCACCGGCGGCGGCAGCGCGCGGGCAGCGUGGGCCCCAAGGCGGCGGCCAGCCAGGCGCGCGAGAAGCGCUUCACCUUCGUGCUGGCGGUGGUGAUGGGCGUCUUCGUGGUGUGCUGGUCGCCCUUCUUCUUCAGCUACAGCCUGUACGGCAUCUGCCGCGAGGCCUGCGAGGUCCCCGAGGCGCUCUUCAAGUUCUUCUUCUGGAUCGGCUACUGCAACAGCUCCCUCAACCCCGUCAUCUACACCAUCUUCAACCAGGACUUCCGCAGGUCCUUCAAGCACAUUCUCUUCGGGAGGACCAGGAGGAGGAGGAGGGAGAGGAAGCUGCCCUUCUUGCACUGACUCCGGGGGGCAGGAAAGGGCUCCCCUGGCCUCUGCACAAAGAGGGGGCCAGAACUUGGUCUUCAGGGCUGGAUUUGCCCCAAGACGGAGCCUGGCUUUACUGGAGGAGGAGAAGAGGGGGAAAGGAGCGAGCCUGCGCUCCCUGUCAGGCAUUGACAGUCUUUUAUACCUGAAAUGAU